CCCGCUCUACGCUUGGGAACGAGACGCCUACAUGAGUCUGAACCACCAGGGCGAACCCGAAGUAGCGGGUCGGAAGACUGGGAAUCGGGCGCACCGUCGCUCCGAGAGCGAGGCCAGUGGCGCAUUCGGCGGAGGUCCUCGUCCAUUCAGCAGCACCAGUUACGAUAGUCCCCGAUGGAGAGGCGGAGGCGCGAACAAGCAACGUGGGUCAGGGGGGCGGUACGGGUGGAGGGCGAACGAUGGCAACAACGCAUCGCCGGCAGACGAUGAAAAUCCCAGACUGGUCUCCCUUGCUGAUUUAAUCCGCAAAGAGGACAAGGUCCCUGCGACGCUCUUGUACGAACACCCAGGCGAUACGGACGCUCCGAUGGAUGCCCGGGACAUCGAGGCGGGAGGCCUCACCCACCAAGCCAUGAACGGCGGGGCAGUUGGCAUGCAAGAAGCUCUUCAAGCGGCCGAGCACGGCAACUCUGUUCGACUGUCGAAAUUCUUGCAAGAUGGAGGCAAUCCGGACACGUUGUCAAGGCUCCACCACCUACGUUGGAGCCUGCUGCAUUUAGCUGCAGGGUGCUCAUCCAUGGGAGGCCGCUUGGCUUUUGCGUCCCAUCGUCGUCGCCCCGAGCCGGACUGUAACGAUGGAUACGUGACCUGCGUUUCGGAGCUGCUUGCCGCGGGCGCUGAUCCUAACAUAACGUCGAGUAGCUUAGGAUAUACGCCCCUGAUGAGUGCGGCGUUAACUGGAAGCAAGGAAUGCUGCUGGUUGUUGCUGAGGGCUGGGGCUCGGCUGGACAUGAGGGCAGACGAUGGACGAACUGCGUUCGACUUUGCCCAGAAAGCCAGGCACCUUGGCGGCGGAAGUUCGGGGGGUAUACACGAUUCCGUCUUAGAUGUCCUUCGCGAACCUCCGAAGAAAAUUCCAAGGUCGCCAACGAUGGUAAUCGCAACGCUUGCUGAACGAUCAAGCCUCGAGCCGGAGGAGGAGGUCCCUCCCGUGGAGGUUCGGUGGAGGGUGCCGUCGCAGGCUAGUCUUGCUCCGACUUUAUGCGGAGAUGUGGAGAGAUUUUACCUCAAAACGUGGUGCCGAGGAAAAGGAAAAGAGGUGAUCCGGACGAAGACCUCAACAGCAGACGUGCCUCGGAGAGAUUUCUGCCGAAAUCAGAUCAUCGACAGAGGGAUCGCUCUUCGAAAAAACCUCUGCCUUCCUCAGUCACAAACGACAUCAGCCAUCGUCCAUGGCCUACGGGCGGGGGGUGUAUACUCGUUCACUGUUUCUUGUGUCGCGGAGGUGGAAGGCGCGCUGCGACAUUCCCCACCAUCUUGCAUGUCGAAGCCGCUACUGAUCCCGGAAUCGAAGGAGGACCAUCAGUGGCGCCUUGGAGGGAUGCUUCAGAUGGUAACUGGGAAAGAUACACCCUCGAGUGGUACAACCGGCGAGGGUGGCGCAGCACCACAGGUUCGACGGGUGACCAACCAAUCUCCCACAAGUAUUGACCAGCGACGGGGUCCUGCAAAGAGUUUCAGCGUGUCCUGGGCGAAGGAUGAUAUCGCUCCCACGAUAGAUCAACGACAGCCGGCAAGUUACCGCGUGAGCGAUGAUGUGAUCGUGUCUCCGUCGGGCGACUUCGGGCGGUCCUUAACAAGCAAUGCCAGCGAGUGGGAGCCCAAACACGCUUCCCCUGUGGUGCCUUUGCGACGUCGCUCGCAGUCGUACGCGAGCUCCGCGACGCGAGCCGACACAUUCCUACAGACUUCGACGGCUGACGAGACAAUUCGAGCCUCGAUGGCGUUCCCCCCCCCGAGUACAUCCUCACAUUUGGAAGAAGGAACCGAAGCGCGGCCGUUAUUCGGUGACAUGACGCCGCACGCUGGACGGGCCCAGGGAGAAAUGGGUGGCGGAGGAACCCCUCUGACCUUCUCGACGAAUAGUUCGGGAUUUGAAGCGAGCGAAUUUUACGAAGACGGUGGUUGUAGCGUUAGUUAGAUAGUUGGGCGUUUGCAGGGCAACGCGUUUUCGUUGUCUGGGCGAUGGGGUGAGCAGAGGUUGACGUUGGGAUGAGCUGAGUCGGCCUAGGGGACUAUCUCCGCUGCCCACGAUAAGGUUGACCAUGUUUUACGGAGGUAAACUUGCGCAACCUAGGCGUGUUCGUUGGAUCGUAGCUCUGGCUCCAUAUGGCAUCAAUGUCAUUAUUAGGUGCUACUGCUGCUCUAGACCAACUUGUUUGUUCGUUGGUGUCAUUUUCGUGUUUUGUUCUUGCCCGUCAACGACAUCGGCGGGGUUUGUUCUGAACGUAGGUGGUGAUCAUGUGUUUGAAGUGGUAGCUCGGUCGUCGUACGGUUUAAGCCAUCCCUGUAUUCAGAUGUUGAUAAAUACAUGCGGUAGCUAGACUAAAUGUCUCCCUUCUUGCUUUUCACGGUCUUACGAUACACGACACCUUGUUAUGAUCAUGACAUGGGAUAGACUAGGAAUAGUUCUUCUGGAAGUCCGCAGGCUG